CCUCCAUCACUGUUGUACAGAUUACAGAAGGCGUUUUUUGAAGACUUGGAUAUUGAAUUUACAGGCGUAUCAGGCGUCUUAAUGAAGAAAGAUGGAACUUGAGGAAGCAGAAAAUAAUCUCCGUGCUAUGAGACUGUUGUAUAGGCGCCUAGAACAUAAUAGCCUUGGCCUUCAGAAUACAACUUCAGAGGAUUUGGUAGAGAGAGCUCAAGAAUUACUGAAAAAUAUGCUGGAAGUAGCAUCUGAAAGGGUUUUCGAGACUAUUUUAAAGAUCAUAGCAACAGAAACUGGUAUCUCCAAGACACCCUUCACUUCUCAACCUGUGGCUGAUCUCCAGUUAAGGCCUUUGUUGGCAGCCAACAGUUCUCACUGCUCUCUAAAAUAUCCAACACGCGGUAGAUUUCCUUCGCAAAAGGAUGAACAACCCCAAUCAAAGUCACCAGCAAAGAAAGCAGGUCCAAGACUAUGUAAGCGUAGCAUCUCUGAUAAAGGAAAAGCAAUGAGAAAAGCACUCUUUAAUGAUGGUGAAGAAAGCAGUAUAAUGCAGCAGAACUUAGUAAAGGCAGCAAAUCUAUUUAACAAGAAGCCCAUUAAUCCUAUUAAAGAGAGCAGUCAUCAUGAACAGAAGUACAGUGUGAGCACUUUUCGCGAGGGUGAACACUCAAAAUCUGGUGAGCUUAGAGAAGUCAGUGAAACAUCAUUACCAUAUAGAGUUUCUGAAAUUGAAAGCAAUCCAAGUACUUCUAGCAGGCUUGAAGCUCAGGAUGAGGAGGGAGACAUCUCUAGUGACUUGUUUAAUGCAAUAAAAAGAAUUGAAUCUCGUAUAUUGGCUUUGCAGCUUUACUCAAGUUUAGUAUAUUCCAAAAAGAAUGGUGCAGCUGACAAGAUUAUGCAUAAAAUAACAAAUUCAGAGAGCCAUAAAAGACAGAAAAAUGAAGGAAUACCAGGAAACCGGCCUUGUUAUCGAAGGUUGCUGUUAGAAGGAAAUGGAUUAAUGAGUCAGCAGGCGCAUAAACUAGCUAGUAAGUGUGAAGAUUCAACCACAGCAAAUGUCGAGCCCAUCUUCUCCAGAAACAAGUCACUGAGUAAGGUAGAAAAUCAGAUUUUUGACCCAGAAAAGGAGAACAGCAUCUCAGCAUGGAGAAGCCGCCAAAAAGGUGAGGCAUGCAGAGCUACCCUGUUGGCUUCAAGAGGAGAGAAGUUGCUAAGCCAGAAUGGACGUCGACCUCCAGUGCAGAGCAUGGCCAUAGUAGACAGAUUUCAGUCAUUAAAUUGGUCAGUGAGUGGGAAUGACCACUUGGUGAAUCAUGCUAAUGAGUGUAUACAGGGGAUUAGGAUUCCUCUGAAUUCCAUAACAGCAGGUUCACCAAAUAAAGACAAGCCAACGAGAAGAAACCCAGUGGCUCAGUCAGAGACUCACAGGAGAGAGAAACAGCCCCUUCAUCCUAUGGUACCAAGACGAGCUCUACCUCACUGGAGAUCCAGUGAGUCUAAAAUGCCCGCUCAUGGUUACAGAGACAGAAAAGUUUCAGAGAAUAGAGGGGCUCACAAGAUGAGGGCUUCAUCACCACAUCAUCCGGAAUCAUCAGAAGAGUUCAGUUCAAGCUCCUGCUCUCGUGCUCGCUUGACAUCUAAUCAAAGCAGUGCCAUAUAUAGUAGUGAAUCUGAGGACAUUGGUGAUUCGCCAGGAGAUAUGGUCAGCAAGACAUAUGAGGAUAGCUCAAGAGAGAAUAGUGAUUCAGAUUAUCAAAAUGAUGCUGGCUCUUCACAUAGAACGGAAAGUUCCAGUUCUGGCAGAUCUUGGCAUAGGAGAGGACCUGAGAAAACAAUUGGACGCUUGAGGAGGCUGAAAAAUAAGCUUAGACUUAUCUUUCACCAUCACCACCAUCUUCACCAUCAUCACCAUCACGAUGAAGAUGAUAAUAAAACAAGUAAGGCGGAUCACAAUCAUUCUAUAUGGCAGAGGAUCUUCCAUGGCAAAAACAAGCACAAGUUGCUAGCAAGAGGAAAAUCUGAGAAGACAAGGGGAGGCACCAUUGUUAAAGUGUCACGUGGAAAACAGGUUGGGCAGUUUCAUGGACUUGUGGAGGGGAUUCUGAGACACGUCAGACAUUCUAAGAAACGAAAGCCUUCUAAGUUUGUUAGGAUCAAAGGGUCAAGGAAUCCCAAACUUGGCAAUAGGAAGAAGUUGCAUUGGUGGCAGAUGCUUCGACAUCACCGGGGGGUGAGGGUGAACAAGGGAGGCCGUCUCAGAGUGGGGUUCAAAAGCCAAAAAUGGCUCAAGAACUAA